AUGAAAAAAGAAUAACAUCAAUAAAAGAGAGACACUACACUAAUACAGUUGCUAGUAUUAUUGGGUGCUUGCUUCACUAUGGGUAUAGUUUUAUUCAAAGUUGUGGGUUUAAGAGAAGUUUAGAAUGAUUUGUCAUUUGAAUAGGCUUCAUUAAUUUAAGAAUAAACAUACUUAGAGCAAUAAAUAAAAGCAUUACAAAAUUCAUUAACUUAACCUAGCUUUUUAGAAGUCAGAAUGAGUGUGAAUAAGAAAUAGCAUAAAUAAAAAAUAAAUUAGUCUGAACAUAAACAUGUUGAAAUAUAAAAGCCAACAGUAGACAAAAAAGAAUAUGAAUACUUGGAAUUACCUAAUAAAUUGAAAGUCUUGUUAAUAAGAGAUCCAGAAACAAAAUUAACAUAAGCAGCAUUGAAUGUUAAUGCAGGAUCAUGGCAUGAACCAGAUGAGUUUCCUGGUUUAGCUCACUUUUUAGAGCAUAUGUUAUUUUAAGGUUCACAUACCUAUCCAGAAACAAGUUAUUUUGAAUAAUUAGUUGCAAAAGGAGGAGGUUACACAAAUGCAUACACAGAAGGAACUAGAACCAAUUAUUAUUUUACAAUAGAUACAAGUAGAACAAGUGAGGCUUUGAAUGUAUUUGCACACUUUUUUAUAGAUCCUCUUUUAUCAUAAGAGAUGGUCUAAAAGGAAGCAAAUGCAGUAAAUUCUGAGUAUGAAAUAAAUGUAGCAGGAGAUGGAUGGAAAAUAUUGCAUUUAAUGAGUUUAAUGUCAGAUCCUAAACAUCCAAUGAGUAGAUUUACUAUUGGUAAUUUAUAAUCAUUACUUAAACCUCAUGUUGUUGAAGCCUUAAAAAAGUUUCAUGAAUAAUAUUAUUCAUCUAAUUAGAUGGCAUUAGUAAUUAAAAGUUCAUAACCUAUUGAAAUGAUGAAAGAAUUUAUUGAAACAAGUGAAUUUGUAAAAAUUCCAAAUUUGAAAAUAGAAAAACCAUCAUUGGCUCAUUUUGGAUUGCCAAUAAAAGAUGUUGCUAAAUUAGUAAAAUAUCACAUCAAUACAAGAGCAACAACAGUAAUUUACUUUUAUCAAUUAGAAGAUAGUACAAAAUAUUUUGAAACUAAGCCUAUUCAAUUUAUUAAUUCAAUAGUAAGAUCAAGACAUGAUGGAGGAUUAUAUAAUUAUUUAGUAAGUAAAAAUCUCAUUGUUGAUAUGGAUGCUUAACCAUUUUUAGGUAAUAAUGGUUGUUUUUAAUUUUAUUUGAUUGAAGUUGAAUUAAGUGAAACUUUGAUUGGUCAAUAAAAAGAUUAUGCUUUAUAAAUAGGAUAAGCUAUAAUAUCAUAUUUUGAAGAAUAGAUUCAUAAAUUCUAUGAUGAAGAAUAAAAUCCAACAGAUUUCUUAGAAGAAACUUAUAAAACAAAGAAAGCUAUGUCAGAUGUUUAAUUUAAAUAUUUGGAAAAAGAUAUAGAUAUAUUUAAAUUAUCACAUAAUCUAAAUACAUUUCCACCAAAAUAUGUAUUAAAUGCAGAAACUAGUUAUUUUAAAUAUGAUCCUUAAUGCAUUUAUAAUUAUUUAGCUGAUCUAAUGAAUCCCAAUAAUAUGUUAAUUAUGAUUGGAGAUGAUGGAUAUAAAUUGGUUUAAGAGGAAAUUGAAAGUGAAGAAUUAAAGGCAUCCUUUUUAGCAUUUUAAUAGCCUUCAACUUUGUUGUUAUAAUAGAAUUCAGAUGUUAGUGAUGCAGAUUUCAUCACUUAAAGUGAACUCUAAUUUUCUAAUGAUCUUUAUCAUAUAUAAUAUGAUGUAAAACCAAUGGAGAGAGAAAGUUUAGAUUUUAUGAUGCUUGAAAACAUUUCUUUAAAUUUACCAUAAAUUAAUCAUUAUGUUCCAGUUAAUUUAGCUUUUAAGUCUCUCUGUGAUUAAUAACAUAUUUCAUAUAUUUAAUCAGUUGAUUCUGACACUUUAUAUGAUAGAAAAAAUAGAUAGAAUAUAUUUAUAGAGAAUACUCAUAAAAUGCCAUUCUAUUUCACAUCAAAGAAGGAAUGUUAAGAACAUGAAUUUGAAUAUGAAUAAUAUAAUCAUUUUCCAUAAUUGAUUAAGAAAGAUAUAGAAGGUAAAACAUGGUGGAGAUUGGAUAGAUCAUAUAGUCCAACUGUUUAUGCAGGUAUGAAUUUUGAAACAGCUGUUGAUAUGAAAUCUUUAAAGAAAGUGGCAUUAUUAUAAGUGUUUAAUAGUUAUGUUUCUGAUAAUUUAUAUAAAUCACUUUAAUAGUCAUUUGAAGCUGGUUAUGAAUUAUCCUUUGAUUCAUCUAUGAAAGGUUUAUCACUGGAAAUGUAUGGAUGGAGUGAUAAAUUUGAAUAUUUUUAUAAGAAUGUAUUAAGAGAAAUUAAGAAAGAAAUUAGUGAUGAUGAUCUUUUAAACCGAGUAAAAUUAAGUCAAAUCACUGAAUUGAGUAAUACAUUUGAAUAAAAAUUAUUUAUCUAAGCCACUUCUGUUAUAUUACCUACUAUAAUUCAAGGUUAACCAACUCCUUCUUAGAUGAUUGAUGAAAUUAAUUCAGUUACUAAAGCAGAAUUGGCAUAAUUUUAAAAAGAAAUUUUAGAAAAUUUCAGAUUCACAACUUAUUUUACAGGAAAUAUUUUGAGAGAUGAAGUAUAAUCUUUAUAAAGUCAAAUACCUAAAAUUUUUGAUGAAUCUACAUCUCACAUUAGAAUACAGAAUCAUAUUACAUAAGUAUCAGAUCUUAGUCGUAAGUCUAUUGUAUAUUCAUUGAUCUCUAAAUCUACCAAUUAAUUAGAUACAAAUGGAGUGACUCUCAAUUAUUAUUAAAUUGGUUAUAGAGAUUAGAAGCAAUUAGCUAUGAUGAAUUUAUUAUAUAAGAUUCUUCAUAAUGCAGCAUACGCCUAUUUACGUACAUAAUUGUAAUUAGGUUAUGUUGUAAGUGUCAAGUUUAAACCUGUUGGUUGUUUGGAUAGUGCUUAAAUUUUGGUUUAAGGAACAGCAAAACCUCCUUAUAUUGUGAAUUAACAUAUAGAAGAGUUUUUAAUUAAUUAUGGAAGAGAGUUGAAAGAGAUGACAGAUCAAUAAUUUGAAGAACUCAAAGCCACUACUGUAAUAUUUAUAUUAAUAAUAAUUUUUAGAUUUCUGGAUUAAAGGAAGUUGAGAAGAAUCUAAAAGAGAAGGCUAGAAACACUUGGUCACAUAUUAAGAAUAAUGAUUUGGCAUUUGAAGAAAAAGAUAUUGCUGCAUAAUAUAUAGGUAUGGUUACCAAAUAAGAUCUGUUUUAAUUUUAUGACAAAGUUUUCACUUCAGGAAAGCUAUCCCUUUAAGUUUAUGGGCAAGGAAUGAUUACUUAAACGAUGGGAAUUAAUGUUGAUGAUUUAGCCAAUAAAGUGAAAAGUAAUUCUCUAUCGAAAGAACAAACAUUUGCUGUCAGAGAUGAAGUCACAGUUUCUACCUCUGAUGAUUUCAAGCAAAGAAUCACUUCAAAUUAUAAUUGCAAUUACAAGAUAAGUAAUAUUUGAA